ACCUGCUUCUCUCGGUACUGAACUCCUCCUGGUUCCUGCGGGUGAAGAUGGCGCAGGCUCUGUCAGAAGAGGAGUUCCACCGUAUGCAGGCUCAGCUGCUAGAGCUGCGGACCCAGAACUACCAGCUGUCUGAUGACCUGCGAAAGAACACUGCAGAACUCAACAAUGUCCGUCAGAAGACCUUGACCUUGGAGAAAGAUUACGUUAAAGCACAGAAGGCCCUUAAUAAGAGCAAGAAAGCUCAGGAAGUUGAUGCAUUACUGAGUGAAAAUGAGAUGCUCCAGGGUAAACUGCACAGCCAGGAGGAUGACUUCAGACUACAGAACAGCACCCUCAUGCAAGAGCUGUCCAAGUUAUGUUCACAGAUUGAGCAGUUGGAAGGGGAGAAUCGGGGACUGAAGGAUGUAAAGGGCCUUGUAGCUCCCGCCCGCAGCCCUGUUUCAGGACCAACAGAUGGAGAGCUACUGCGGCUUCAGGCUGAAAACUCCGCCCUGCAGAAGAAACUGGCAGCAUUUCAAGAGCGGUAUGACAACGAGCUGAAUCGUUCUCGGGGAGCGGACGUUAAUGAUGGGAAAGAGGCAGUGAUCGAUGGUCAGACUGACUCCAACGGCAUCCACCAGUCCAGCAGUGACACUGCCGGCUCUGGUGAUGCAACGGCAGCUGCGCCAGCCAAUGACAGACUGGAGCAGGCUGAGGGAAGGAAUGACACUCUGGAGCAGAGAGCUUAUGACCUAAGUGAAGUGGAGCUGAAGCUUCAGACAGAGAUGGAAGAGAAGCGCCUUCUGAAGGAGCAGCUUCAGGCAUUCGAGACAGCCAAGCAGACUGAAAUAGGCAAACUCCAAGAGGAGAUUGCUAAGCUCUCUGACAAAUUGAAGAAAAAGCAGGAAAGUUUUAUGCGGCUCCAGGGCGAGAAGGAGGCUCUCUACAAUGACAGCAGGACUAAAAUAGAGGAGAUUCAGCAGCGCAAAGAGGAGGAGCUGAAAUCCAUAAACCUGCGUGUGCAGAAACUGCAGAAUGAUUUAAUGACUGCAAACCAGAAUGUUGCUGAGAUGAGGGAGCAGUUGCAGAGUAAGCAGAAAGAGCAUGAGAUGGCCCUCCAUGCGCUCAAAGACCAGGUAGCGUGUCAGAGUGCGGUCAGUCAGGAGCAGGUGGAGGGCAUGCUGAGUGAGAACGAUGCACUCAGGACUAACCUAGCUGCCCUAGAACAGAUCCAGACAGUGAAGACUCAGGAGAUGAAUCUGCUGAGGGAUCAGAACAUGGCUCUGAACGUGGACCUUCAGCAGAGACGCAGCGAGCAGGAGAGUUUACUGGCCCAGAAGGACGACCUCUGCUCUCAACUACAGGAAGCCAAUCGAGCCAACGGCAGACUGUUGGAGCAAAUUUCUGAACUGGGUUUGGAAAAGGACAAGUUACAGCAGGACCUAGAGGAAGCCAAAAAGACUGCGGACAAGCGCAAGGCCAUGCUGGACGAGCUGGCCAUCGAGACGGCUCAGGAGAAGUCCCGGCACAAGGAGGAGCUCAGCGAUGUGCGUCUCCAGCACGAGAAGGAGGUGCUGAGUGUCCGGGCGCGGUACGAGAAGGAGCUCCGCGGACUCCACGAGGAGAAAAAUCGUACGGAGGAGGAGAUCCGGAGCCAACUACGAGAUGAGAAGGCACGUACCAAAGAACUGGAGGGUCUGCAGCAGAGUGUGGAGGAGCUCCAGGCCCAAGUGCAGUCUAUGGAGGGCACCAAGGGCUGGUUUGAGCGCAGACUCAAAGAAGCUGAGGAGACGAUGGAAAAGAACAGCCUGGAGCACAAAGAGGAGAUUCAGAGACUGCAGAAAGAGCACACUCUACAGCUGGAGAUGAAAGCUGGAGAAAUCGAGGCUGUAAAGCAACAAAUUGUCACCCUGGAAAAAGAGAAGGAGGAGCUUAACAACACAAUCACCAAACUCAAGCAGGAAAUUAGAGACACAGUAGACGAACAGAGAAUUCUGGAGAAGAAAGGCAGCUCAGCACUGAAAGACUUGAAGCGUCAGCUCCAUCUGGAGCGAAAGAGAGCAGACAAACUGCAGGAGAGACUGCAGGAGAUCCUGACCAACACCAAGACCAGGACAGGUCUGGAGGAGCUGGUGUUAUCAGAGAUCAGUUCUCCGAGUCGGACGCAGCAGACUGGAGACAGCAGCAGUGUCUCUUCCUUCAGCUACCGAGAGAUUAUGAAGGAAGGGGCUUCAGCGCAGACCACCAAUAAGUCCAACACCAGCAGUCCACAAUCACAGAGACCUGCUGACCUCUCUGAUGACGAGGUGGGUGAACUCUUCCAGAGGCUGGCUGAGGUGCAGCAGGAGAAAUGGCUGCUGGAGGAGAAGGUGAAACAUUUGGAGGUGAGCUGCUCGUCGAUGGCUGAAGAUAUCUGUAAGAAGAGUGCCAUCAUAGAGACGUACGUCAUGGACAGCAGGAGAGAUGGAGGUGGGGCUGCAGCUCACCCUGGUCACCAGGCAGAGAGAGGGGGUCUCAGCUCAGUGCUGAGGGACCUGGUCAAGCCUGGAGAUGAAAACCUGCGGGAGAUGAACAAGAAGCUGCAGAACAUGCUGGAGGAGCAACUGACCAAGAACAUGCACCUGCAGAAGGAUCUGGAGGUGUUGUCUCAGGAGAUUGUGAGAUUGAGUAAAGACGGGAGUCCUCCGGCUGCAGAAGACUCGAAGGCCAUUGGUUAAGACUGACUGACCGACUGACCACCACCACCUCCACCUCUCGGACUGACCCGGCCUCUCGGUCAGAACUCUUCAAUAAACUUCUUUCACUAGCUCAUCUUUUCCAUGACUGCAGAGAGAAUGUUGCACCUACUCAACACACACAAACUGGACGACUGGAACCAACCUCAGAUGAUGAACAGAUGAAGAUGAACGAGAGGAGGAACAAGUCCUGUACUACUGUACUACUGAAUGUAUUUCCACUGUAACACUCUCUGUAAUGUCUCGUUUUUGUCUCCAAUGAUGAUGAUGGUGAUGAUGGUGAUGCUACAAGAGCUAGGUGUGGUUGAGUGGUCGCUGGCUUAGCUGCCCCCAGACUGCUUGAUCGCUUUGCGUCCUUGAUCCAUCGAGCCGAGAGAAGUGGUGCAGCCCCGCGGGGCAAGCAAACAAGCGUACGAUCGCACAAGCGUACAAGCGUAUGAGCGUACCAGGACAAACUUCAGGUUUUGAGAUGCCGUCUACUACUAUUACUUCAGCUGUGUGAUGAUGUACUUUUGGACUUUUUUUUUUGCUUUUGGUGUAAAUUUGACCUCGACCUCAAGCUCUCUCGCUCCAGAAGAGAAAAGGCUGCAGUCGUUCUCAGCCACGGCUCCGUCACGGCUCCUCCUGUCUGUUUUUGCCUGUGUUUGUCCUUUAUAUAUCCGCUUCACGACAGCGACGUCCUCUUAUUGCAUUUUCUUAUUACUUGUUCAGAUGUCUGACUUGUCUGUGUAAAUAUGUGAAAACAGGGGAAAGCAAGAAAAACUGUAAUUUAUCUGUAGUUCCACGCAAUUGUAGUAGAACAAACAGUCAGGUCAAGUUAAAAAACGGAACAAAUACGGAGCGAGGUCCAUGUAAGGGAGGCAUGCUGCUGAGGAGUGCCGCAGUGGGUGGAUAGAUAAGUUAGAUAAGAUAGAUAGAAAGUGGAGAUAGUGGAGGAUAAAGCAGUGGAGGAGUUUGCGUUAGUAUUAGCAUUAGCGUUAGCAUUGUUAGCUCAUUAAGUGAGAUGAGUAUGGCUUCAAGUUCAUUAUGUCAUCAAAUGAAACAAACUUUUUUGGCGACACGCGAGAGCUCGUAAUAGCGCCGAUAAUUGUCUAAGCAAGAGCGCCAUGAAGUGAAGGCACCCCAUGGCCUCCUUUCCUUUCCUAAACCAGCACUCUCUUAUUCUCUCUCUCUCUUUCCAUCUCUCCAUCUCUCCAGCCUCUCUGAAUUUCACGCUCCUCUGGUGUCCUCUCUGUUUCCUCUUUGUCUGCAGCCUCCAAAAAAACGCUUGAAUGUUACACCAUUCCGCUUUUAUGUACUUACUGUAACUACUAAUAUAAAAACUAAUAAUAAAAAAAGAGAAAGUUUUACUUACCUA